AUGACUGAGGAACUACAAGCACGUGUAAAAAUGCUUGAAGCUGAAAACCAGGCCCUGCGCACUAAGCAUGAACAUGCUAGUACUGCAUCUAUUCCAGAGAUAGCCGCCUCCACAUGUAGGGUUGCAGUCAAGCUUCCACCGUUUUGGUCCGAUAGGGUGGCUAUAUGGUUCGAACAAGCUGAAGCCCAGUUCCUAUUGGCAGGGAUAACAACAGAUAUCACCAAAUAUAGUUACAUCCUUAGUCAAAUUGAUACAAAGAUAGUUGGAGAAAUCGAACACAUAUUUAUCAACCCGCCAGCAGAAGGCAAGUAUGAAAAACUCAAAGAAGCUUUAAUGAAAAGGUUUUCAAUAUCUGAAGAGCAACGGUUGAGACAGCUGUUGAGUGAUGAGGAACUUGGUGACAGAAAACCUUCCCAGUUCCUCCGUCACCUCAGAUCCAUUGCUGGGAAAACUCUAUCGGAUGACAACAUCUUACGCCAACUUCGCCGUUUGCCCCAACAUGCACAGAGCAUCCUUGCCACUCAAGCAGAUUUAACACUGGAUAAGGUAGCAGACAUAGCGGACAAAAUUAUGGAAACCGAGCCAACACGGUUUGCUCGAACGAUUAGAGGAGUUGAGCAGUCAAGUCGCCGCUCUGAGGACAGAUCGGUCCCGAGCUCCAAGCCGUAG